AAAGUUAAGUUAGUACAAUUUGAGAACUGAAGUAGGGUUGUCGUUUGCGUCAUUAUCAUUACGUUUUGUUUAUUUGUGUCAAAACAAAUUAAACGGACGAAUUAUGAGUUUGAUAGAGAGAACAUUUGAAGCGAUGGUGUUGUGAUAUUAGUUCUCGUGUAAUUUUACUUGACUUUAUUGAAAUUAAAAAUGGGUCCAGAGACAGUGUUUUGGACUGUUGUUUUGGGUCUGAUCUGCAUUGCGGAGGCGGGAACUAUUGGUGAUCAGUGCGACUGGACUGGCAGUGGGUUGACGUCGACUGCGGAGCGUGGCGUGACACCGGUUUACCUCCGUUGCCGGGAGGGCAGCGUGUCGUGGCUCUACCCCCGGGGCGCACUCCGGCUACUUUUCAAACCGCCGCUGCCGGCCGAUGAGCGCGACUUUACUGUUUGCGUUCGGGUCAUAAGACGGCCUGACCCGCCUGAUCUUUUCCAUACAUUGCGGCAAAAUAAGACAGAUGUCGCAGAUCGCUUUCCAGCACGCAUCUUUGUGGAAGGCGUUCGAAGACUGGUACCUCUGUACGCGCCCGACGACGGCGAUGUGCGCGAGCUGCGUUGCUUUCACAGCCGACAUGGACAAGCUGCAUUGUAUGUCGAAGCCGAACCAGAAGAGGGAACUAAGAGACGAGUAGCAACGUUUAAAUACGAGGCCAGGCCGCUUGUGAGGCGACACUACGACCCUGCCACAGCUGACUGCAGGCCUUGCUCUGAAUCCGAAUUGGAGUUGGCAUUCUGCACAAGUGAUCUCGUGUCCCGUGGCGUGAUCGUCGGUAGCGAACAGCGGGAGGAGCUGGACGCUACACAGCUCACGUGGCGUCUCACCAAGCUGCUGCGCGCAACCGCGUCCGCCGACAGCGCAAACAGCGCUGACAGCGUCGACGACGCCGGGGAAAUCGGUGACAUCGGCAAUAGUCUCGACGACGACCGCUACUAUAGGUACGCGACGGACCGCCGGCGCCGGCGCUCGCUGCUGGCGCACGUGCAGGUGUCGGCGGCGUGCGGCGCGGCGGCGGGCGCGGGCGAGUUCCUGCUGAUGGCGCGGCGCCGCCUCGGCCGCUACGCGCUCGUGUGCGCGCCGCGCCUGCGCGACUGGCGCGCGCUGGUCGAGCGCCGCGCCGCCGACGGCACCGCGCACUGCUCGCUGCAGCACUGAGCCGAGCCGGCCGACGCCUGCGACACCUCACGUAUGGAGUAUGUGAUACAUCGCUUAGAACAAAAUUGUGUAAAAUGUACAUAAAUGUUUCCAAAAUAUUGAGCACUGUGACACUUUUGUAGAAAAGUCCGAGCAGUAGCAGUUUUGUUCUUUAUAUUUUGAACUCGAAUCAUAUAUAAAUACCACCAAUGCAAAAUAAGGAAAAAUACUGUACAUAUAGUGUGUAGUUAGUUAUAGAUUACGUUUUAUCGAGAGCGAGUAGCAAAUUUAUAUAUAGUGUUACCGGUAAACAUUAUAAAACCAACAGCAGACACUGUCAACGGAGUCGCUUCAUUUACACGAUUACAGUAAUAUCUAGUAAGUACCUAUUCAAUAGGAAAAAAAUCAUAUUUUUUUUAUCCUACAAUGAUUAAUAACCACGAACAUAAUUGAGUUAUUUAACUGGAGAAACCAUUUAUACAAAUUGUGCCGAAAAUAUAAUUCAACUAUGCGUAUUGGUAACCCUAGUAAAAUAUUUCAAUUAAUUCCUACGCAAUCUUUCAUAUUUAUAAUUUUAUUUUAAGUCUUUACUUGCCAUAAAGCUAUGUACACAAUAAAUAUUGUAAAAUAUAGCAUUUAUUUUAUAAUUAUUAUAAAAGGUAUACCGCAAUACAUAUUUAUAAAUAUUAAGGAAAAUGUGGUCCAGAGUGCCAAAAUCUGUUAUAUUUAGAAUGUAAGGUUGAUCUCAACUGUGUACAUACGUUAAAGUUAGGUUAUGUUACAAAGAGAACUUUUAUAUUAUGUAUUAUAAUGACUUAUUUAUAUAAAAAGUCAAAAAUACUAUUCUAUUAUAAAUAUAUGACAAUCAUUAGUCUUCCUGUAUCAAUUUUCUCAUAAUAAUAUUAAUUAAACAGUCGCAAAUAAAUUGUAAUAUAAAAUAAUUAUAUUAUUAAAAGUUAAUAUAUUGUGAAAUAUAUACCGCUUAUGCGGAACUAGCUUCCUAUUCGUGCUUCCAAGGAAGAUACUUGUAUAAAACAUAUUCUUAUAUACAUUUACUUAUAUUUAAAAAUAGAAGAAUUAUUAACAGAUAAUAUAUAGUUAUGUACAAAUAUUGUCAACAAUAUAUAAAUAUAUUAUAAGAUAGGUGUCGAUAUGUGAUAUAGUUAUAUGACGUAAUGUGUGCCUCAGGUGUACAUAUGAGUGUAAAAUGUUUAUAAUGUGAGAGUAUAUGGUGUAAAGUUUGAUAUUAAACGCUGUUGAAUGAAAUAAAAUAGUUAAAA